UGAAAACCUCUGUCUUUUGAUAUUGCGCGGUGGCUCCAUGGACCAAAUUGACCGAACGUGCCAUGGCCAGGCGCGCGAGCUCUACACGCGGGUCGUCCACGAGAUCUGCGGCGAAGGCUUCGCCAACGACCUGCUCCCAGGCCGCGACGCUGCCUUCUACGUGGCGCUGCAGGAGGCAUGGAUGGCCAAGCUCGCCGAGCACAUGGCUUUGCCAGCGCUCAAGGUCGAUGAACCCGCGCCAGCGCCAGGAGAGCCCGAUGCAGCGAACGCAGAGGAAGAAGAGACAAAAGAAGCACCUGUGCAAGACGCUGAGGAAGCUCGCGUGGACGAGCCGGUCGACGUGUCUGCUGCCACCAGCGACGAGCCGGUAGAAGCACCUACUGCCACCGCAGACGAGUCAAUCGAAGAGCUUGCCGUCAUCCCAGACGAGGCGCCCGUUGAAGCGCCUGCCGUUCUCCCGGACGAGAUGCCGGCGGAUGAGCUCAUCAACGCGCCCGCCGACGAGCCUUCACACGCACCUGUGGACGCAUCUCCCGAGCUACCUGUGGUGGUCCCCGAAGCGGCUCCAAUGCAAGCGACAGCGUGCGACGCAUCCAGCGAAUCUGACGAGUCGGAGCCAGCACCAGCUUCACGCCCGCCGUCGCCGUUGGUCCCGCAUCGGUUGCCCCUGAUGCGCCCGCCCGUCAACCUCUUCAACAUUGGCCGUCCUGCCUCCUAUAUGAGAAACCCACACGCCGACAAGCCACCAGUGCCCAUCAUAGUCCAUGUACCGGCACCGAUACGCCGCAAGGAAACACCUGCAAAAGAGCCCCCAAAAAAGAAGCGUCGCGCGACCAAGACGCCGAAAGCAGCGUCCACUGCAGCAAGCGUACCCGCAACCACCGAUGAUGUUGUCGAGCCAGAGGCAGCUGUCACCGGCGCGACGCCAGCCACCGAGCUCUCGUCCGAUGCUCCCCCAACAAGCAACGCGCCUCCCGACACCAACACAACCAACGAGUCUACAGCCGAAUCAAGCGCGCAUACGGCCAGUGUGCCUGUCGUCGUUCCACCUCUGGCCCCCAUCGACUUUGCGUGUGGCAACUGGCUUGGGAUUUACACGUCGAUGGCCCAACGCGGCCGGCGCAAGGAAGGCAUCUACCGACUCGGGCUCAAAGCGACGCUCCUCCGACUCUAUGUGCAGGUGACACCACGCUUGCUCGUCCAGCACGCCUACGUCCGCGACGGCAACAAUAUUGUCCGCGUCCUUGUUGACCAGCAGCGUGACGACGACCUCGUCAUUCGACUCCCAACGGGGACCACCGAGACACUGCCGUAUGGGCGUGUGUGCAUCGCAGUCGACUACUUUACAUCGCGCGGCGAGGCCCAGCUGCAACUGCCGCAAUAAGCCAACUCUAAGAUCUUUAGUCGGUCAAGUUUCGCGAUGACAAU